AUGGACGAGCGCGAGCCGCCGCUCACUGGGGAUCCCCACCCGGAGACGUGGGACCUCGUGUGCAUCGGGACCGGACUCGCCGAAUCCCUCCUCGCGGGGUCCGCCGCCAAAGCCGGCAAGAAGGUGCUGCACCUGGACCCCGCGGACGCCUACGGCGGCGCGUGGGGCGUCCUGCGCGAGUCACCCGACGACGUCGGCUGGAUCCUACCCACCGCGGGGGACGAACGACGCGGGGUGCACACCGCCGGCCACGUCCCGCUCGAUCCAAACGAGGUCCCGUUCCCCGCACGCGGCGCACCCGUCCCGAGCGUGGCGUACGCCUCGUGGUCCACGAUAUGCCCCGACCCAGCCGCCGCGGCGACGUCGCUGGGCAACCGGCGGAGAUUCUCGCUGGACCUCGCCGCGCCCAAGCUGUGCUUCGGAGCCGAUCGUUUCAUCGACGCGCUCGUCGACUCCGGGGCGCACAAGUACUGCGAGUUCAAGGCGGUCAAUCAGACGUGGAUGCUGUGGGACGGGCGCGCGCACCCGGUGCCGGCGUCGCGCGCGGAGGUGUUCAGGGACCGGCACAUGACCCCGGGGGAGAAGCGAUCGCUGAUGCGUCUUCUCAAGAGCGUCGUGUCGCGCAUAUCGGCGAACGCGGACGAAGGAUUGGUCGUCGGCAGCGGGGACCCCGACGACGCGAACGUGGCGAUCGGCGCGCCGGGAAGCGAGUGGGGGGGUUCAGGGGGCGAAAGUCGGCACCCGGGGACGGCCGCUGGGGAUGGCGGGGACGACGAUGGCGUGUGCCCGGACCCGAGCGAGCGCUUUCGCGAGUGCCUCUCCGUUCGCCACCGCCUCUCCCCACGCCUCGCCGCGGCGGUCCAGUACGCGCUCGCGCUCAGCGACGACGACUUCGUCGCCGCGGGUGCGGGGUUUCGCGCGCUUGGCAGGUACGUCGCGUCGUUGGGAAGGUUCGGGCCGGGCGUCGGCGCUGCGCUUACCCCCGCGUACGGAUCCGGAGAGUUUCCGCAGGCGUUUUGUCGAGUCGCCGCGGUGGGUGGGGCGACGUACGUGUUGAGACUGCCGGUGCGUUCGUACGUGCUGGAUGGGGAGACGGAGGGUGCCGAGGGUGCCGAGGGUGCCGAGGGUGCCGACUCCGACGACGUGAAAGACGAUGACGCGAACGGAGGCGCGAAGGAGGGCGGGAAGACGAAGUCGUCGACGAUUCGAAGGGAAGUGACCGGGAUCGUGACCGAGGGCGGGCAGACGAUUCGCUGCCGCGCGCUCGCGACGAGCCGAUGCGCGGCGCCGUGGUCGGUGAACACGUCGGGCAAAAAAGAGUCGGACAAAAACGUCGGACACAAACGUCGACGUCGGUGGGUUUCCCGCGGCGUCUGGAUCGUGGACGGCUCGGCGUUUCCCGAGGGUUGCGACCUCGGGCUGCUCGUCUUCCCGCCCGGCGUCGGUCCCCCGGGGGUUCCGGCGGGUUCGGCGGCGCGGGUGACGCAGCUGGGCGCCGCCGUCGCCGUCGCACCCCGCGGGACGUUCGUGCUUCACGCGUCCGUGUCGGCGGACGCGGACGCGGUGGACGAGGGGGCGACGAGCGCGGAGGACGACCUGCGCGGGGUGCUCGAGAUGCUAGCGGAGACGGACCCCCCGGUCGAUCGCGCGGACCCGGUCGAUCGCGAGGGACGGGGAAGCGCGGAUGAGGGAGCGGGCGGGGACGGGGACGAAAAGUCGGCACCCGGGGACGGGGACGGGGACGGGGUGGCCGAGGCGAAGGGGGACGGGGUCUUUCCCGGUGUGGCCAAGCCUCGGCUGGUGUGGGGCGCGUUCUACCGGCAGUCGUACGACGACGACGACGACGACGACGACGUCGACGACGGGGCGCCGGCAAACGCGGCGACGUGCCCCGAACCGGACGCGAGCUGCGACUUCGUGGGAGCCGUGAGAGGCGCCGAGCGAGCGGCGGCGCGCCUCUUCGGGGGCUGGGACGCGGGCGGCGACGGUGAAAAGUUGCGAUUAUUUCCGGGCGCGGCGUCGGCGGCGGCGGGCGGCGACACAGCUGGCGACGGGGCGGGGACGUCCCCGACGGGCGGUGACGAGGAGGACGAGAUGGACGCGCUGCUGCGCGACAUCCCGGGCUUGCCUCCGGCGGAUUAA